UUAAAAUGUAAUUAAACUUGAUAAUGAUUAAGAAAUGGGCUUUAAAAGAUGGGCCGAUUCUGAAACCCAAAUUUAUGUGGAAACCCUCUCUCGUGGUUAGGUGGUAAUUAUAUGCGUCGUUGAAACGCGAGGAAAUAAAGAGAAAUAGAAAACGCCAUUUUUCACCGUGCAAGCUUGAUCUCCUCCCUUCGCCGGAAAAUGGCCACUGGUGGAAAAGUCUCCUUCAAGGUCACUCUGACUUCGGACCCUAAGCUUCCUUUCAAAGUAUUCAGCGUUCCAGAGGGAGCUCCGUUCACGGCGGUUCUGAAAUUCGCGGCAGAGGAGUUCAAGGUUCCUCCGCAAACCAGCGCCAUCAUCACCAAUGAUGGGAUCGGGAUCAAUCCUCAACAGAGCGCAGGAAACGUGUUCCUGAAGCAUGGCUCUGAGCUAAGACUGAUCCCGCGUGAUAGAGUUGGAGCUGCGUUUGUGAUCGCUCCUUGAAUGUUGUAAGGAAUUGAGUAAAACUUUAAAAAAUUUAACAUGUUGAAAUGUUUUAUUGUACAACUUUUUUUUUUUCUCUUUGAAUAAAUAUGUGCUACUCCUUUAAGGGUGGGGUUUCGCCGUUUUGGUUAAACUCAUAUAUGUCUCGGUAUUAUUCAUGUUCAUCAAACAGAGUAUGCUUCUUCACUAUGAAUGCAAACUUAGAUGUAUAUGAGUCUGUUGUUAAUUCUUGUCAAAUAUUUGCGUUUGAGGAACAUUAUGGGUACGAAAGCAAGUAAUCAUUAUCAUAAAGUUUCACUUUAAAAGAAU